AAGUUGGGUUUGGCUCUGGGCUGGAAAUGUGGAAGUUGGGGGCCAGACACUUUGCUCAGCUCAGCAGCUCGUAUUGAUCUCCGGGGCUCUUUUGUCUCCUCCUCCCAGUGGAAGCCUCUCCUCCUUCUCCCCCUCUGCUUUUCAGGCUCUUCCGCUUUGCUCUUCUGCUUCCACCGAAUUGAAAUCUCCGAGAGCUGCCACGGCUCUGAGGCAGCUUAGCCCGGGCCUCCCAGCCUCCAGCUACCCGCCUGCUUCGCAGACCUGACGGAAUCAGAAGGUGCUUGAUGCUCAACAGUUGGUCGACUGCCAAUCCUCACCCUCCAUGAGCCUUGGUUCUGAUGCAACCUUUGGUCAUGCAGGGAUGCCCUUACACCCUCCCACGAUGUCAUGAGUGGCGUGCUGCUGACAGGUUUCAUCACAGCAGCAGCCUCAGAAACAGCUGUCCCCAGCCUCAGGUUAGAGCUGCGGUCACCAUCCCCGCACCUCCUUGGGAUGGUGCCGGGAAUCCCUGCCUAAGUCCGAAGCUCUUGAACGGGUCUGUUGGAGCCAUUGGCCCCCUGGAACCAUCAGCCAUGAAUCUGUGUUGGAAUGAAAUAAAAAAGAAGUCUCAUAACCUCCGUGCUCGCCUCGAGGCCUUCUCAGACCACAGUGGAAAACUUCAGCUCCCGCUCCAGGAGAUUAUUGACUGGCUCAGCCAAAAGGAUGAGGAGUUGUCAGCUCAACUGCCCCUGCAAGGGGAUGUGGCCCUGGUACAGCAGGAGAAGGAGACACAUGCGGCCUUUAUGGAGGAAGUCAAGUCUAAAGGUCCCUAUAUCUACUCCGUGCUGGAAUCCGCUCAGGCUUUCCUGACCCAGCACCCAUUUGAGGAAUUAGAGGAGCCUCAUUCUGAGAGCAAAGAUACCUCCCCCAGACAACGAAUUCAGAAUCUUAGCCGCUUUGUGUGGAAGCAGGCAACAGUGGCCAGCGAGCUGUGGGAGAAGCUGACAGCCCGCUGUGUGGAUCAGCAUUGCCACAUUGAGCAUACUCUGGAACAUCUCUUGGAGAUCCAAGGGACAAUGGAGGAACUGAGCAGUACUCUGACCCAAGCAGAGGGAGUCCGAGCCACUUGGGAGCCCAUUGGGGAUCUCUUCAUUGAUUCCCUCCCAGAGCAUAUCCAAGCCAUCAAGCUCUUCAAAGAAGAAUUCUCUCCUGUGAAAGAUGGAGUGAAGUUAGUGAAUGAUCUGGCCCACCAACUUGCCAUUUCUGAUGUACACUUGUCAAUGGAGAAUUCAAGGGCUCUGGAACAGAUCAACAUCCGGUGGAAACAGCUCCAGGCGUCAGUUGGUGAGAGGCUUAAGCAGCUCCAGGAUGCCCACCGGGACUUUGGGCCUGGGUCACAGCACUUCCUCUCCACUUCUGUCCAGGUUCCCUGGGAACGAGCGAUUUCUCCCAAUAAAGUUCCCUACUACAUCAACCACCAGGCUCAGACCACAUGCUGGGACCACCCCAAGAUGACUGAGUUAUACCAAACCCUAGCUGAUCUGAACAACAUUAAGUUCUCAGCUUAUCGGACUGCCAUGAAGCUCCGCAGAGUCCAGAAGGCCCUGCGCCUGGAUCUGGUAACUUUGACUACGGCUCUGGAGAUCUUCAAUGAGCACGACCUGCAGGCCAGUGAACAUGUGAUGGAUGUGGUGGAGGUCAUUCACUGCCUGACUGCCUUGUAUGAACGACUGGAAGAGGAAAGAGGCAUCCUGGUCAAUGUGCCACUGUGUGUAGACAUGAGCCUCAACUGGCUCCUCAAUGUUUUUGAUAGUGGUCGCAGUGGAAAGAUGCGAGCGUUGUCCUUUAAGACUGGCAUCGCAUGCCUGUGUGGUACUGAAGUGAAAGAAAAACUUCAGUACCUCUUCAGCCAAGUGGCCAAUUCCAGCAGCCAGUGUGACCAACGCCAUCUCGGUGCCCUGCUUCAUGAAGCCAUUCAAGUGCCCCGUCAGCUGGGCGAAGUGGCAGCAUUUGGGGGCAGCAAUGUGGAGCCCAGUGUCCGCAGUUGCUUUCGUUUUAGCACUGGCAAGCCAGUCAUUGAAGCGUCCCAGUUCCUAGAGUGGGUCAACUUGGAGCCCCAGUCUAUGGUGUGGCUGGCCGUUCUGCAUCGGGUCACCAUUGCUGAGCAAGUAAAGCACCAGACCAAGUGCUCUAUCUGCAGGCAGUGCCCCAUCAAGGGGUUCAGGUACCGGAGUCUGAAACAGUUUAACGUGGAUAUCUGCCAGACCUGCUUCUUGACAGGCAGGGCCAGCAAAGGCAACAAGCUCCACUAUCCCAUCAUGGAGUAUUACACACCGACCACAUCCAGUGAAAACAUGAGGGACUUUGCCACAACCUUAAAGAAUAAAUUCCGCUCAAAGCAGUAUUUCAGCAAACACCCUCAGCGAGGUUACCUGCCUGUGCAGUCAGUGCUGGAGACUGACUGCAGUGAGACACCGGCCUCUUCCCCGAUGUUGCCACACGCUGACACACACUCUCGAAUUGAGCAUUUUGCCAGCAGGCUUGCUGAGAUGGAAAGUCAAAAUUGUUCCUUUUUUAAUGACAGCUUGUCCCCGGAUGACAGCAUAGAUGAGGACCAGUACCUGUUGCGGCACUCCAGCCCCAUCACAGACAGGGAGGCAGCCUUUGGACAGCAGGCUCCGUGCAGCAUGGGGACAGAAAGCAAGGGGGAGCUAGAGAAGAUCUUGGCCCAUCUAGAAGAUGAGAACCGGAUUCUCCAGGGAGAGCUGAGGCGCCUGAAAUGGCAGCACGAAGAAGCGGCAGAGGCCCCCACCCUGACCGAGGGCUUCAAUGCGGUGACGCCAGACCACCGCAAUGAAGAGCUUCUGGCUGAAGCCAGGAUCCUGCGGCAGCACAAGAGCCGCCUGGAGACGCGCAUGCAGAUCCUUGAAGACCACAACAAGCAGUUAGAGUCUCAACUGCAGCGCCUGAGGGAGCUGCUCCUGCAGCCACCUACGGAGUCAGACGGCAAUGGUUCUGCAAGCUCAUCCCUAGCUUCCUCUCCACACCAGUCAGAAGGCAGUCAUCCCCGGGAGAAGGGCCAGACUACUCCAGACUCUGAGGCAGCAGAUGAUGUGGGGUCAAAGAGUCAGGAUGUCAGCCUAUGCUUAGAAGACAUCAUGGAGAAGCUCCGUCAUGCCUUCCCCAGUGUGCGAAGCUCCGACGUGACGGCGAACACCCUGCUGGCCUCUUGAUGGAGUCAGAUCCUCAUCCCGUAGUCCUUUUCCUUUCCUGAUUCUUGUCAAAGCCUUCCCUCAACCUCCGCCCAACCUUUCCACUACCCACUGGCCCCACAUUCCUCAACCAGAGAUAUUUGGACCUGGGGCAGCAGCAGGGGAUCUGAUGGUAUGUGAGAUGUGGGGGGGGGGAGGACAGGUGGGCUUCCUCUAGAGAGGGUCCCAUUAAUCCUUAAGACUGAGCCUGUCCCUAUGUUAUCCUGCUGUUGCAGCCCAGGCAAAGGCAAAUCACACUUGUCAUCCAGAGGAGGACCAGAGAAUUGCCUUGCAGAGCUGAGCAGUGCCCACUGGCCCCUUUCUGUCCUCCAUGGAAUCAUGGAGAGGAAAGCAUAAUGGCCCCAGGGUGUCUGCAUUAUGGACCCCCGGAGGGGUUAGGCCUACUCUUUGGCCCACUUGGAAGAGGCAAAUGGGUAUCCUUGAGACACCCAUCCAAAGUGCCCCUUAGGGAAGUCUGGGCAGUGUAUGUCCUACUACUUCAGCUACAGAGCAUGGUUUUCACCUUCAGAAUUCUACCUACAUGGUUCUUACUCAACCAUGUAACUUCCUCCCGCCACAGUACCUAUCAGAUCUUCUCUGAUGGAGGAACAAUUCACCGUGGCUGUGCUUCCACCCUGUAUUUGGGACCAUUAAAGACAUUCUUGUGGGUUUCUAGUCCCUACCCCCGAUCCUCCUGUUUCCUGAAGACCUUGGCAUCCCAAGAGACUUCUUGAGAUGCUCUCGUACCCAUAUGAAGCCACUCUUUGGUCUUCUGAGUCUGUCCUCACAGAUCUGGGGCAGGAGUGGCACUCUCUUCAACAAGGAUGCCUUGCUCGCUCGCUCUCUCUCUCCUUGGGUAAGAGGAAAAGAAACCUUCUAUCCUAGGGGAAUGUGAGCCUGCCACUCUCCAAGCUAUAACCAUUUGAGAGCGUAGGCUGGGUUAGGUGAGGUGGCUGACUGCCCCCAGCUGUUCACUGGAAAGUUCCAACUGACCAGCCUGAAUAGUGGUGCCUGCCUAAAAGCCACUUGACUUGAAUCAGCAAACUGGCCACAUUCCAUCCAGAUAGCAGCAAGGUCUUCCUAUGCAUAAAACUGUUGCUAACUCUGAAAUGUGAACCCAGUCCUAAGAAUGAACUAACUUUUCCUAGACUGUAUAUACCGCGAUUCCUUUGUCCAGCAACUGUUCCAAAUAGAGUGUGGAGGUGGGAAGAGUUGGCUGGGGAACUUGGAAUGGAGCCAGAGCCCACUUGGGCUACUUUCUCCAGAAGAGAGCUUCCUCCCCAGAGCCAUGCAAUUGACUAAAUUUUGAGUUUACCCAUCCAUCCAUCUCUAUUCUACAUAUCUACUGGACACCAGUGCUCUCCCAGCCUCAUUCACACAUUAAAUUCUAAUACUUCUGGAAGAAUUAGUGCCCUGCCUUGCUCUUUGUUAGUCUCUCUCAGUCUCUGGUUGGGAAGCUAGAUCCACCCUGCCUGUGCCCUGGGAUGUUUCUCUCCAUUGACAUUUGAGGUGAGCUGACCUUAAUACCAAAGCAGUGGACGUCCGUGGCCACAGAGUAAUCAAACAGGAAGAGACAUUCUGUUCUCUUCACUAAUUCCAAACUUUGUUCCACUGAGACUUGGUCCUUAGGGAUUUUUUUUUUUCUGGCCACCCCUAAACUGUGAUUUAGGAGCCAAAAGAGAAGACAUCCAACCUCUACCCAUUCCACACAGAAAAGAAGGAACAAAAGGUGUAUGAUAGCCUUUGCCAGGCUAAGACAUACAAUAGAUACUAUGGUCCCCUAAGUUCCUAAAGUCUAGCUCAUGGCCUUACAUAAUGCAGUGGUUGUCACCAAGGUCAGUAGGAGUGAGAUGGUUGGAGUUCUGGUUUAUAAACCUAGCCAUGGCCAGCAUGUAGAACUGCUAGGAUCCUAGACUGAUUUAUUCUGGGUACAUAGAGCAGUAGCUUGACUCAAGAAGCCAAGAUUGCAUUCUCCACAACUAAGCUACAGGUUUAGGGGUCAAAAUUUAUGUCUGGAGGUCUCUGGGCCCAAUAACUGGGUAUCCGUUUAUGUGAUGAGCAUUUGGUAAGCAAGCAUCAAACACAGAGCCAGGGCAUCAUCAGAAUGAGGCAUCUUUGUAGGGGCCUGGAUUGUGGGCAGUAUUCAGAUACGUUUGUUGUGGAACAGAGGACUCAGAAACUAUCAAGUAUGUGCCUCCCUACGCCUGCAGAGGACAGCUACUACGGAGCGAUCUUUUAUGGGAGUCCUUUCCUUAGCCUCCACUAAAGAGCUCUGAGGCUGCUGAGGGUCUGUGACAACUGCGUUGGACUGGAAUUGGUAGAAAAGACGUUGAUCUUGUCAUGUAGGAUUUGUGCUGGAGGUAGUCCGAAGCAGCAAGUCAGGGUUGAAGCCUCGCUAGGGGAGUCACUGGCACUUGGCCAGCUUGUGUUUCGCUGCAAUGCGGAGGUGAGUACAUGGCUCAAGGGUCCACUAGCAGUCCUGGCUGCACACGUAGGCAGCUGGCAUGUCGCGAUGAAAAAGGCUCCUUGGACAGUGUAAAUCCACACUGGGGAUGAAGUUAGCAAAGAUGCGUUCUAUGUUUUGGGGGAAGUUGUGUGUUGUAACUCCUAAAGGAGUCUUGUGUAAGGUGUGACUGAGAGGUAGCGAGUGAGUUGCUGGGUUAGGAGCCUAAGAAAAACCUUCUGACUUAAGAGAUUAGUAUCAGUGAUGAGGAACGUGUUUACUGGACUUGUUAUCGAAUAGUGGAGGCAAUUUAUUCUGGACAGAAUUCGAUAGAGAACAAUGAGCCAUUGGGAGGGUAGCUGUGCUUUCAGCUAGAGCAUUGAUUGGCAAUUGUUAGGGAAGGCUGACUGGCUGGAAAACAUAAGGCUGUGGUACCCAGGUCGUUUCCUAGAGAGUGUUCCGACAAGGAGGAAAUGUGCCCUUCUCUUCAGAAUGCAAAGGUUGGAAUGAAGGCUCUCAAUGUAUCUCUCAAGUCCCAGAGUGAGGCAGUCUUUCCCUAUGGAGGAACCUGCUUGAGAAUUGCAGGUGUUUUGUGAACUGGUCUGGCAGAGCACAGUAGUUAAAAACAAACUUAGGGGAAAGGCAGAGGCCAAGCCCGGGAGAUCUUUAUCACCAGAUUAGUUCUAAGUUAUAUCCUUGCUUCCUGGGGUGUGUGGGGUAUGUGUUUUAAAAGGGUUUCGGGGCUUCAUGUCCAGCUUCAGGCUAGAGCAUUUUUUGAACUCAUAUUUUCAUUGGCAGUAAUUCCAUCCGAUUUCCCUUGACACUGUUGACAGCUAGCCAGCCAAGUUGCUGCCUUAUUAUGAAUAGUCCUGGGAGAGAACCUGGAGGCACUCCCCUAGGUCUGUGGGCAUUUAGCUCCUCAGCUGGGUAGCCCAAUCUGUGGACCGCCCUGCAGAAAGCUGGUACUUGGAACAAAGAGGUACUUCUUACUGUUUUGACACUUGUGACUCUAGGCCAGGGCUCCUGUCCUUCUCCUCCUCACUUGUCAUGUUUGGGAGGAGACCUGAUGAAUGGCCUUGCUGUUCCCACGGCAGUAUUAAGGGCAGACUGAAAUCGGCUGUGCUGUUUGCUGGCUGUAGGAACGAAUCAAAAGGAUGAAAAUUAGGGAUGGGGUUGGGGAGGAGGUGUCAAGAAUGGCAUGCAAUUGUCCAAAAGUUUGGGAUUAAUGGUCGGGGCUAGGAGCAAAUGGGUUAACAUCAAUUGCCACUCACUGUGGUGCUUUUCCCAUUUUAUCCUUGAAUUCUGCUUUAAAAAGAAUAAAUUUGUAUUUGUUUA